UAACAGCGCUGAACAUGUCUGCCAAUCUAGUGUGUUGAAAAUCGCUAACAAAAAUGUUCUUACGUUGGUACUACAAAAAUCCACUUUAAGAAUUUUUUCCUUCUGUUUCAACGAAGAAUAAUUUAUUUUAUCUCCUAUUUAAUGCGUGACAAGUGAAGAAACAUGACAUCCAUUAUCAAGCUGACAGCCGUGUCAGGGGUUCAGGAGGAAUCCGCCCUGUGUUACCUGCUGCAGGUGGAUGAAUUUCGCAUCCUCCUGGACUGUGGAUGGGACGAGAACUUCUCAAUGGACAUUAUUGAUGCCAUGAAACGAUAUGUUCAUCAGGUUGAUGCGGUGCUGCUCUCCCACCCUGAUCCAAUUCAUUUGGGUGCCCUGCCCUAUGCUGUGGGCAAACUGGGUCUAAACUGUACAAUCUAUGCCACAAUUCCUGUCUACAAAAUGGGUCAGAUGUUCAUGUAUGAUUUAUAUCAGUCUCGAAACAACAGUGAGGAUUUCACACUUUUCACCCUUGAUGAUGUGGACAGUGCUUUUGAUAAAAUCCAGCAGUUGAAAUACUCUCAAAUUGUCAAUCUGAAAGGUAAGGGACAUGGUCUUUCGAUUACUCCUCUUCCAGCUGGACACAUGAUUGGAGGAACCAUUUGGAAAAUUGUCAAGGAUGGAGAGGAGGAAAUUGUGUAUGCUGUGGACUUUAAUCACAAGAGAGAAAUCCACCUCAACGGCUGCACAUUGGAGAGCAUUAGUCGUCCAUCUUUACUGAUAACUGAUUCUUUCAAUGCUACUUAUGUACAACCACGUCGCAAGCAAAGGGAUGAGCAGCUGCUUACCAAUGUAAUGGAGACCUUGCGGGGUGAUGGUAAUGUCCUUAUUUCUGUGGAUACGGCUGGGCGAGUACUGGAGCUGGCACAGCUCCUGGACCAGAUUUGGAGGACAAAGGAUGCUGGGCUUGGAGCUUACCCAUUAGCUCUGCUCAACAAUGUUAGCUACAAUGUGGUGGAAUUUUCCAAGUCUCAGGUGGAAUGGAUGAGUGACAAACUCAUGAGGUGUUUUGAGGACAAAAGAAAUAACCCCUUCCAGUUCAGACAUCUAACCCUGUGCCACAGUCUGGCAGACCUGGCCCGGGUCCCCAACCCUAAGGUUGUACUUUGCAGCCAGCCAGACCUUGAGUCUGGCUUCUCCAGAGAAUUAUUUAUCCAGAUGUGUGAAAAUACGAAAAAUUCCAUCAUCCUGACCUACCGCACCACACCUGGAACCUUGGCCCGCUACCUCAUCGACAAUCCUGGAGAAAAGAUGUUGGAUCUGGAGGUGAGGAAAAGAGUGAAGCUUGAAGGCAAGGAGCUGGAAGAUUAUCUUGAAAAGGAGAAAAUAAAGAAAGAAGCUGCUAAAAAACUUGUACAAGAACAACAGGUGGAUGUGGACUCAAGUGAUGAGAGCGACAUGGAUGAUGAUCUGGACCAGCCAGCUGCUGUAAAAACCAAGCACCAUGACUUGAUGAUGAAGAGUGAGGGGAGUCGUAAAGGCAGUUUCUUCAAACAAGCCAAGAAGUCUUAUCCAAUGUUCCCAGUGCACGAGGAGAGGAUCAAAUGGGACGAGUAUGGAGAAGUCAUCAGGAUGGAAGAUUUUCUGAUUCCUGAACUGCAAGCCACAGAGGAAGAGAAGAACAAACUGGAAUCCGGCUUGACAAAUGGAGAUGAACCCAUGGACCAAGAUCUGUCUGUUGUCCCCACCAAAUGCAUCUCAAGUGUGGAAAAUCUUGAAAUAAAAGCCAGGAUAACAUAUAUAGACUACGAAGGCCGCUCUGAUGGUGACUCCAUAAAGAAGAUUAUUAACCAGAUGAAACCCAGAAAGCUGGUAAUUGUUAAUGGGUCACCAGAAGCCAGUCAGGAUUUGGCUGAGUCCUGCAAGGCUUUCAGCAAGGACAUCAAAGUCUACACACCCAAACUGCAGGAAACCGUUGAUGCCACCAGUGAGACACACAUUUACCAGGUGCGUUUGAAAGACUCCUUGGUGAGCUCAUUGCAGUUCUGCAAGGCCAGAGACACAGAGCUGGCAUGGAUCGAUGGCGUGCUGGACAUGCGGGUAGCGAAGGUGGAUACUGGCGUGAUGGUGGAGGAGGGUGUUAAGGAAGAGGUGGAGGAAGGUGAAGUACCCAUGGAUGUCGCCCCCGAGCUUGGCGUUGACCACAAUGCCACGGCUGUAGCAGCUCAGCGCGCCAUGAAGAACCUGUUUGGAGAGGAUGAGAAGGAGCUAUCUGAUGAGAGUGAUGUCAUUCCAACACUGGAGCCGCUGCCUCCGAACGAGAUUUCAGGGCAUCAGUCCGUGUACAUCAACGAGCCUCGGCUGUCUGACUUCAAGCAGGUCCUUCUGAGGGAGGGCAUCCAGGCUGAAUUCGUUGGCGGAGUUCUGGUGUGCAACAACUUGGUGGCCGUGCGCAGGACGGAGCCCGGACGCAUCGGCCUAGAAGGCUGCCUGUGUGACGACUACUAUAAGAUCCGAGAGCUGCUGUAUCAGCAGUACGCUGUUGUAUAGAAGCUGCAGCAGGCCCGCUGAUGCAGAGCACUCCGAGGCAUUUCAGAGACUUUACAAGGACUUCUGUCAGAGGAGA